AUGGCUCGGCAGGUUUGCUCCCCUGGUGCUCUCUUCGAACUUGAGCACGAUCCUGCUCUUGCGGAGUUAGUCGAGGACUGGGAUUUCUCUCCGGGUAAGAGAUUCCAAGCUGAAGUCCUUCGCAAGUUCUCCUCUUCGGUGCACCACCCAUCAUCGUCUCCGGAUGGCUCCUUCUUCAUGCUUGUGGUUUUCCGAAGGUACCUCUUUCGUUUGACUGAAGAGUCGGUUGCUAUGGCUCUUCACUGUUGCCUAGGUGGCUCUCCGGCUGGAUUUCAUGUUUCCUAUCUGCAAGACCGACACUUCCGCUUUUCUGUUGCCUCGAAGCAUGUGGGUUUGUUGGUCCGUGCCCUUAAGAGGAUUACCACUGAUCACUUUGACAUCUACUUCCACAUGUGGCGUGAUGGAGGUGAAAACUGGGAACUCGAGCACAAAAAAUGGGAAAAAGAAGAGAAGGAUAGCUGGUCAGCUGUGAUUGGUAAAAACAAACGUAAGAUGUCUGCCAAGAGGGUUUCUUUCCACAAAAAGCUUAUUCAAGAUUCUCCGGUUCAUAAAUCUCGUCCUAGGGAGCUUUUGUCGAUGAUCAAGAUUGGUGCUAUUUUCUGCCCUCUUACAACAAACUCCUGCAAUGUUUUGAGGAAAUUUUCAAUUUCUUCAGAUUAUGAAAGAGAUGUGCAAGCCAAUUCUGAUGUUCUUGCUUCUCACAAACCCAAUGGUGCUCAUUGUGUAGCAUCUUCCUCAGUGGUUCCAGUUCAAACGGUUUUCAAGAGGCUUGAGAGAGAGCUUGAUUUUAAUGGCAAUAAUUUUCUGGCCACCAAUUCUCUUCAGCCGAAGCACUAUAAUGAAGUGAAGCUCCCCCAAGGUGAACGAAGAAGAGCCCACCUUAAGCUCAAGUGGACUGCUAAGCCCAGCUUGCAACCAUUGAGCUCUGUGUGCAGUAAAGAUGGAACCGUUCAACCUCCCCCUAUUAUUCAGUGGUCCCUAGGACCUAAGGCUGCUAAUGCCCCGAGUGCUCCUUUGCCUUCUUGCUGCUCGCAGAAGGUCACUCUCCACAUCCCAACCCCGAGGAAGACAAACACAGAGGAACCAGAGCAACCUAUGCCUCCACCUCCUCUCGCCUCCGCAAACAACGAUCAAGCCAUGGCGAACUGUUGUGCCAGCGCGAUCACUGAAGCCCAGCUUACCCCAGCGCAGCAGCUCCAGCUCAUGCAUCUCAUCAGAGAUUACAUAGAAAUUGAGGUACGGAAGAAGGUCGUUUACUUCACGCCGCAUCCGCAUGGUGUGGGAUUCUUUCAGCUUGGCGACCCUUGUCAGCGCGACACGCUUGUUGCUACAAGUUCGCAUUGGAUUGGUGGUCAUGAAGUCUGUUUCGUUAGGCAUGAUGAGACCGCAAUAAAUGUGCGCAACUCUCCAUACACUACAAAGAGUGAUGAUGAUGCUGACCCAACUGCUCACAAUGGCAGCCCUCAUUCUUUAGAGGGGCUAGUAGUUCCUGGGGACACACAUCUCUCGGAUGAAGCACAGGAUGAAAAUGGGAUACUUACGACCCUUCUCAAUCCCUCUGUUGGUCUGAGGGAUCAAGAUCCUGCUGUUACGGUUCAUGCUGCCUCAUCCUCUGUUGCCACUGCCAUGCUUCGAGAUAUCGAUAAGCGUGUCAGUGGAGGAAAACAACCUUGUGGAGCAGGCGCUUAUUCAACAUAA